UGUUUGACAUUAGAAUCCCCCAGAUCUCAUAGGUUAUGCAUCCAGUUCUUUGAGAUCCAGAUUGACUGUUGAUGAAAAACCAGGAAUUUAUUACUUCAUUAUCACCGAACGAGAGAAAUGGAAGUCAAACCAAAAAGUGAACAUUUAUUAGCGUUAAAAGUUAUGCGGCUUACGAGGCCGACACUUGCAAGUCCAAUAAUUGUAUCUUGCGACUCGACGGAUCUUCCGGGAAACACGCUCAACAAUGAGCUUAAGAAUGAUAAUACUUCCCUCCAGGGAAUGGAGACCCUUGCCGUUGGUCAAUUCAUGAUGUUGCCACAAAGUUUUGGUAAUAUCUACUUGGGAGAAAUAUUUUCCAGCUAUUUAUGUGUUCACAAUGGUAGUUCCCAAUUAGUUAAAGACGUGAUUGUGAAGGCGGAUCUUCAAACUAGUUCCCAACGAAUACCUUUGUCUGGUCAUAACGGCGUGCCUAAGGAACUAGGUCCUGAUAAUACAGUGGAUGAAGUUAUUCAUCACGAAGUCAAAGAGAUUGGGACACAUAUAUUGGUUUGCGAAGUCACGUAUACUCCGACAGUUUCUGAACCUGUUCCAUUAUCAUUUCGCAAAUUUUUCAAGUUCCAAGUCGUCAAACCGCUCGAUGUUAAAACCAAAUUCUAUAAUGCAGAGUCAGACGAUGUUUACCUGGAGGCUCAAAUACAGAAUCAAACUGCUGGUCCGAUUUGUUUGGAGAAAGUAACACUCGAGUCAUCCCAUUUAUUCAACGUAACAACCUUGAAUACCAACAUGCAAGGUGAGUCUAUCUAUGGGCGAGUGAAUCUAUUAGACUCUGGAUCGAGUCGGCAGUAUUUAUACUGCCUUACUCCUCAGCCGAGCUUAACCAAGGAUCCAAAAAUGAUGCAUAAUGCAACUAACAUAGGAAAACUUGAUAUCGUUUGGCGGAGUAAUUUGGGUGAAAGAGGACGUCUACAAACGAGUCAGCUGCAGAGAAUGGCUCCAGAUUUUGGGGAUUUGAGAGUAACAAUGAAGGACAUUCCACCUAUAGCAUAUCUGGAAGAACCAGUGAACUUCAAAUGUCGUAUUGUGAAUACUUCAGAGAGAAGCAUGGAUAUAAUGUUGGGUCUAGAAUCUAACAAGUCUAUAGCAUGGUGUGGCGUCUCUGAGACUGUGAUAGGCACUCUUAAAUCGGGAGCAUCGUGCGACAUUCCAUUGUGUUUAAUUCCGCUCGACACAGGGCUUGUUACUGUUUCAGGGUUGAAAUUAGUGGACACAUUUUUAAAACGUGUCUACGAUCAUGAUGACUUAGCCCAAAUAUUUGUACAUCAAGUCGAGUAAUUAAUAAUUAUACAAAUAGAAAUUAAUACUGGGAAAAGAGAUUCUAAUAUAAUAUUUAUUGUAUAAAUAUGUAAAUAUGAUCAAUCAUUAAAUCUAAUGA